GUAACGAUGGGAAUGCUUAGUCGAUGACGAUAUAAAGUUUCGGAAAUGAAUUAUGUAAACUAGAAACGAAAAUGAAUAAGUUAAAAAGUUCGCAGAGGGAUAAAACUAGACAGUUUAUGGCAUUUACUCAGGCAACAGAACGAACGAGCAUCCAGUGUCUCAGCUGUCACGAUUGGAAAUUGGAUGUCGCAGUUGAUAAUUACUUUCAAAAUCCAGAUAAAUAUAACGAAAGUGUCCGUCCUACUGUGGAUAGAAAACGCAUCGAUGCACUUUGGCUUAGAUACAAAGAUCCAAAUGAAGAAAACAAGAUGACGGUCGAUGGCGUGAUGAAGUUCUUGGAGGACCUUAAUUUAAGUCCCGAGUCAAGAACAGUGCUUAUAAUUGCGUGGAGAUUUAAAGCAGCAACUCAGUGUGAAUUUACUAAAGAUGAAUUCAUGAAUGGCAUGAUAGAGCUGGGGUGUGAUACUCCAGAAAAAUUAAAAGUCAAGUGCCCCAGUCUCGAACAAGAUAUACGAGAUCCUUCGAGGUUUAAAGACUUUUACCAGUUCACUUUUAACUAUGCCAAAAACCCUGGUCAAAAGGGGUUAGAUUUAGACAUGGCCAUUGCAUACUGGAACAUAGUGCUGUCAGGGAGAUUUAAAUUUUUGCCAUUGUGGUGUAAAUAUUUACAGGAACACCACAAGCGUUCUAUACCGAAGGACACCUGGAACCUGUUGUUGGACUUCUGCAACAUGAUCAAUGAGGACAUGAGCAACUAUGAUGAGGAAGGCGCGUGGCCGGUGUUGAUUGACGAGUUUGUGGAGUACGCGCGUCCUCAUAUCCCAACCAAGUCCACGAUCGUAUAGCAGUGACCCCGUGUAUAUAGUGUAGUAUAGAGGAGUGUAGCGGUUAGGGACAGUAACCUUGCAGCCUUUGCCAGCCACAGUGCUCCACCUAUCAAUGUCUCUCCCCCUCUGGUACGAAGUGGCAGCCAUAUACGGGUGUUUAGAUUGACUGAUAGUGAUUCUCGGCAGUUGAAGAUAAUAAAGCAUUCAGACUGAAUCAGGUUAGGGUUUGGGGGGGGGGGGGGGUAAUGGGCUGUUUCAAUAUUAAAACAUAGUUAAAUACCGUUCUCAUUCUCGGUUUUCUGAUGCCAUUUAAAUCUUCUAAGAUUACUAUCUAUAUUGUCUCCAUGUGUUCUGAGACUUUCAAAAAAAGUAAUUAAAUAAACAUGGAAACCAAUUUUUGCAUUAUUGAAAAUUUAAUUAAAUAAGUUUACUUCACUUAGCAUCUAUGGUAGGAAAGUAGGCUCCACACAAAGAGUAAAAUUCUGUAGGUAAUCACUAUGCUGUGUCUCUGGGAAAAGAUAUUGAUAGGUAUAUAAGACAUCACAAAUUUCCAGUGUGCAAGGUAACCAAUAGUGACCACAAGGGCUCCUCAUUUCGACUGCAACGUGGGUUGAAAAAACUACUGGUAGAGCCCUCAUGCAUGGGAUCUGCAUAAAAAGUUUAAAAGUUGAAAGGUUUAAUUGCUGCAAGAACAAAAGAACAGUUUCACCCCGAAUUGAGUGUUUCUUCUAUCACAUCCCUAGCAUAUGUAGUACUGGUAAACCUUGUUCUUUGAAAUCUGGGCUAAAUGCAUGUGCAUAGGGUGUCAUCCCAGAUUAGCCUGUGCAGUUCACACAGGCUUAUCAGGGACACAGCUUUCUGCUUUAACUUGAUUUUCAUGAAGAAGAGACUUACUUUAAGAAAGGCGGAAAGUAUCGUCCCUGAUUAGCCUGUUGGGAUUGUACAGGUAAAUCUGGGAUGGCACUUUUAAGUGCAUGCAUUUAGCCCAGAUUUACCAGAACGAGUCUCUAGUAUUUGUAUGAAGUUGAAUACUUGAUUCAUCCUUUAAGUUUACAGAUGAGUGAGCUGUCACUGUAUAACUUAAUACGUUUUGAUUGUGAUACAAACAAUUGUAUUAUGUUAAUUUUUAUUUGUAAUAAGUAAAAUGGAAAGUUAUUCUGUUUCGACUGUACAGUUGCUUCAUACUAUAACCAUAUCAGUAGCUAGAUCUUUGAUUUAAAACAAAGGUUAUAUUGCAUUUGAGUAUGAUUUAACGUUUUGUCUCAAAUAUGUAUUGAAUGUUUAUUACUGAUUAUUCUGUUUAAAGUGUUUUUUUUUAGCUCGGCUGUUUUCGCCAUGCUAAAACCUUAACAUUGGCUCUAAAAUCAAAGUGCUUCCACCUACAACUUUGAAACUUCAUAUGUAGAUGCACCUUGAUGAGUUCUACAUGCCAAACCCAUUUUUGGGUCACUAGGUCAAAGGUCAAGGUCACUGUGACCUUUAAAAAAAUAAAUUCUGACAAGCUUUCAUUUAUUCAAAACUGCACCCUCAGCCGAGUGUGGCACCCGUUAUGCGGUGCUCUUUUUUUUCACUUUUUAUUUUUUACAUGUGUAUCUGAAACACAAGGCAGGUUAAAAGUAGAUGCUUCCCAAAACAGUUAAAUUGAUUUUUUUUUUAUAAAUUAUCAUUUCAACAUGUUAGUGUAAGUAACAUGUUAGGAGGGUAAUUUUUGCGUUACAGUGGGUUGAAUCAGAAUUUAGGGAAACAUGAAUAAAAGCAUACAUUGUCAUUUUGUGGUUAUGUUCAAGCUCCUUGAUCCAAGUUAUACAAUGCAACUCAUUUAUACAAUUCCUUUCCAGUCCAGUGUGGUACAAAUGUUAGUGUGUUUAUCUUCAAAAUGUGCUUCCAUGUUUGAUUAUUCACUGCAAAACUGAUUGAUCAAUAAAGACUAUGUCUUACACUACACAUCCAGAGUUUUAUAAAACAAGAUGUACCUUUGUUUUACCCAUUUACCUGUAUGCCUAGCAUCUAGAAAAAAGGCCUUGGCAAACAGCGUAGACCCAGAUGAGAAGCUGCAUCAGGGUCUGCCCUGUUUGCUUGAAGGAAUUUCUGUAAGAAAUAUUCUAAAUAUAGAAAUAAAUAUACUAGACAUCCCUAAUUUUGGAAAUAAAUUGAUCCAUUUUAGACGGAUGGGAGAGUCCACUAGGCAUAAAUGGGUUAAUCUCCUAUCAGCAACCCCCACAGUAGUUCAGUCACAUACAGUUUUCAUUUUUAUUGCAGAAAAUGUUUUAGGUCAAAUGGGAGUCGUAAUAACAUUCAUAUUAUCUUGUAAUUGCUAUAUGUAUGGCUUGUUUAUAUAAAAUAAUGAUUUACUAGUAUUUGACAGUAUAAAUUGUAAUAGCUGUGUUUCAUUAAGUUAAAUAUUGUGGACAUAAAAACUAUUUUCCUACCAGUGUAUCAGUCCAAGUAUUAUUGUAAAAUUGUCAUCACUUGUAAGCCAUUUGGAGAUUAAGUUUAAAUAUGCUGGUGGGAAAUAUCACACUAGUGUAUGUGUUAAUUUGUUUGUGUAAGUUCCUCUUAAUGUAAUAGUAGUAAAUGGUAAUAAUACGAUUUUGCUAUAAUUAUAACUUAGUAAUUUUGUAUCAAACAGUUUUUUAGGUUUUGAAAAUUGCAUUCAAUAAUUCAGGGUGGUGUUUGGUAAUGUAACGUGAACAUAUUGUAUCUAUGAUAUUUUGGUUAAAAUUUGGUGUAUGUUAUUGAUGAAUACAUCCUUGUUUGUUGGAUUUGUUAUGCUUACCAUACAAUGAAAUUAAAAUGUUAAUAUUUUGUAUUUUCAUAAAAGUUAAGUUGUUGGAAAUUUUGAGCUAUUGCUAUUGAGCUACCAUCAUUUAUAUUAAGUAACACUGCAUGGGCAAGCUCACUUGAAGAGUGUUUGCGUUUGUUAAUAUGCAUUUUCUAAGAAGGAUGCAAUAAAGGUAUGUUUUAACUA